AUGACACACCCCGCCCCCACCGCCAACAACGACCACGAUGAUUCAACAACAAGAACAACGACGACGACUUCGUCUUCGACGAGUUCGACAGCAGCAACCCUCUCCACCAAACUCCUCCACCAAUGCCGCCUCCUCCUCGCCGAACUAGACACCUUCCUCGCCGCGCUCGCCACCCGCCUCCGCAGACACCAGCAGCAGCAGCAUCUGACCGAGAUGCGGCAGUUGCGGUCGAACGUGUUCUCGGAAUUGAGGACGUUGGAGCGGUUGGCUGCUGAUGCUGCUGCUGCGGCGGCAGCAGCAGCAAAAACCUACGGUGGUGAUGAUGGUGCUGCUGCUGACGCAGCAGAUGUUGCAGAGUCCGAGCGAAGGCUUCUGCAUGCGCUGAGGUCGUCGAAUCUCCCGUUCUAUGUCGCUGUGUGGACGGUUGCGAAGAAGAGGUGUAUGGGCGUGGUGGCGUUUGGGAAGAGGUUUUAUUGGGAUGACGAUCACCAUCAUCACCAUCAUGAUGAACAUAAUGUUGUUGAUGAUAAAGAAGAAUGCGGAAUGAAAUCGAAGGAUAAUGAAGACGAAGAUGCUAUUUCUAUUCCUCCUACUACUGCUACAGGGAAAAAGAAACGCCCCAGCAAGGACAAGCGGAAAAGCGUCUUUGUGGAUAUCGUCGCUGAUAAUGGCGAGGAGUGGGUCAAAGUGUCUACGAUAUCGGAGAAUAGGCUACUGUUUGAGAUGGCGGAGAAGGGGUGGGAUAGGGAUGAUGAGAGCGAUGAUGAUGCUCUAGUUUCUGGGGGAGAAGACGCAGAAGAAGAAAGGCAGAGAUACGACAGGAAGAAGAAGAGUCUACACUCCACUGAUACAGAUGAGGAAGACCAGAUCGAAUUGGUAAAGCUAGCCUCGGAUAUGGCCAAAGCUGCGCGCGCAGUGCGCGUUAGAUACAGACACCCGCGCAUCCGGUUCGUCAUGCCCAAGAUCGUGGAAGGCAGCAUUCCCGAAAUCGACGCCGUCCUCAACGACAUCCGCAGUUAUGGCGUCACGGUGGAAUGCGGAACACACGUCCCGGACGUGCUCAACGACGAGCUGGACGGGAGUCGCGAUCCAAGCUCGGUCACACCCGAAGACCUCCCCCUCUCAACGUUGCUCCCGAAUCCUUACGAAAAAUUCACCCCCACCCUCAAUGUCGACUGUACGCUGCUCCUGGCUCUCGUUUCUGACGUCUCCCACAUCCGACAUAUCGCCCCGUCUCCGUCUCAUCACCGCGCUAUCCGACGACAGAUCGAGCUGGAGGAGGAACAACCUUUGGUCCCGAGCGAACUCUGGCCGGCAAUGGUAGGCCGUCACCUGAUCUGCACCGAAGAGGCAGCGAAGCGCAUGAGAGAGAUCGUCGACAUCAUUGGGACAGACACAGAGAAGGAGAGGACGGCAAUCUUGAUGGGAGAUCGGGGAUCAGACACGCUCGAUCUGCUCCAACGAUUCCAACGACUUUCGGAUCACGAGAUCCCCCGCGAGUGGCUCAUUCCGAUCAAGGUGGUCAACGCUCAACCGGAUAUCAACGCAGGCUUGCAAGACGGCAAAUUGCCACCGGUAGCUCACAAAGUAACAGCAGCCCUGUCGGUUAUCAACCGCAGCGUGUUUCUCUAUGGAUGGGUCAAGGGGAUUGUGACGGUAACCAGCAACAGAACGGUUGUCAAACAGAUCGAGAACAUCAUUGAAGAGAACAGGGGCGGCGACGAUGCUUUACAGGGACCUCAGGUGUGGGUGUGUGAUACAGCCAGGAGCUUGGUGGGUAAAGAAAAGAAUCGAAGACCAUGA